UCAAACAUGUCUACUACCAGCGGGAUUGGAAGUUUUGGCAGUACAGCUUUGUUAGUCUCCUCCAUGACAGGUCCAGGCUUAUCCACCAUUCCUGCUAUGUUCCAGCAGUCCGGAUGGGCAGCUCCUGUGUUUAUCUUUAUCAUUGUUGCUUUUUUAUCAGGUUGUUCUGCUCUUUUUGUAUGUGAAGCUCUUUCCAAUAUCCGUGGCAAUGAAAAAUUUCAAGCCAAGGUUGAAUUGACUACUAUAGCUCAAGUUUACUUGGGCAAAAAAUAUCAUUAUUUUUUUCAAAUCAUGUUAUUUAUUGCCCUUCAAGCUGUUAAUGUUUCAAGUAUUAUCUUGGCCGCUCAGACAUUUGAUGGUAUGUUGAUCACUAUUUUCAAAGGUACUUGUGGUUUGGGUGUUUCUCCUGGAGGAUGGUUCUGUCAAACUUCUCAAGUCACUGAGGGUAAUUCCCCAUUUCCAUCAAGUGAUUAUUAUAUCUUCACCUUUGGAUAUCUUUUGACCUUGGUGAUGGUAAUGCCUUUGGGCUUUUUUAGUUUGGUGGAAAAUAUUGCUGUCCAAAUGACCUCCUUUAUUGUGCUGAUUGGAAUUCUUAUUCAAUGGUUGGUAGCAUUUGGUCAAAAUGGAUUUGACCCUUCUCUUCUUCCAGCAUCUGGGGCAAAUUCUACAACUGUCCUUGGUAUUGUCAUAUUCAAUUACAGUUAUAUUACAACGAUACCAUCAUGGGUUAAUAGUCUUAAACCUAAUGUGAAUAUUCAUAAAGUAUUAUGGAUUUCUGUGAUCAUCUCUACAAUAUUUUAUAUCCUUCUUGGAAUUUGCGGGGCCAUGGCGUAUCAAAUGUCAGCUUCAAGUGAUAUCCUUGCUAUUCUCAGCCAAAAUGGAAGCACGGCAUCAUUAGUGACUUGUUACUUGUUUCCAGUGGCAGCUUUAGUAACCUCAAUUCCAGUAUUCACCAUUGUCAUUCGAUCCAAUCUUUUACGUGGACAAAUUUGUAGUAGACCAUGGGCUGUUUUCUGGUCAAACUUCUUACCAUGGUUUGUUUGCAUUCCCUUGCAAACAAAGGAUUAUAUUGGUACAAUACAAAAUUGGAGUAGUCUCUUCUUCCAAUCGACUGUGAAUUUUAUCCUACCUUUUGUGCUUUACUUUGUGUCUCGUCGAGUGGUUGCUUCAGUAGAACCUUACAAUCAACAGCAGGAGGCUGCUGCAACAUCUGGACUUGCCUUACCCAUGUCACCUAAAGCCGCCAGCAGUAUUGGUGGAGCAGUCGAUGAACAAACCGAAGAGGAAAAGAAAAACAGCGUGGUGAUGUAUAAUCCAGAAGAUGACUGUUCCAUUUCCAUCCGUCGAUCUAAUAUUGCACCAUCCAAUAAACUUAGUCGUUUGGAACAACAAUCUCAUUUCAGUCGGUCACCUAAAUUUCCUUUGGGCAGUCGCGUGGCUGAUCAAUCGGUCAUCAGUCAUUCCAUGUUCAGUCCUCCUACUUCUCCUCGUUAUGGUGCUAAUGAUCCUCAAGCAGCAGCUGUCAUUCCAACCAUCGUGUGUAGUGAAAUUGAAACGGAACAGGCAAAGGAUUCACCUCGUAUUGAUACAUCUCGACCUCCUACAUCUCCUACUAUGCUAGUAACAACAACUCAUGUAGAUUCACCUCGUCUUUCAACUGCAUCUUCAGCAGGUAAUACUGGUUCAACAUUAGCAUCUGCCAAAGGACUUGGCAUCACGGAUUCAAAUUCUACACCUAUUGGAGCUGCUUCUACUACUACUACUGAUGCUGUUAUCGUGAGCUCUCCUACUGAUACACAACAACCGCAAAGCAAACGAUUACAACCUCAAUCACCCAAACAACGACAUCCAGCUGGUAGUCUUUCACCUGAUAUGUCUAGACCUGCACCAUCCUCACCCACACAGCAAUCACAACAACAACAACAUCGUCAUCAUCCUACUUCAACUUAUCAACAGACACCUCAUUCACCAACUCAGCAAGGAACAAACAAUCCUCAUUCCAUGAUUGCCAGUGUAUUAUCCGUCAGAUCAUCUGUGGUAACCCCUUACGAACAUGGUGGCGGUGAUGGUCAAAUAGACGAAAAAAUAGUUGAUGAAACAUUAAAACAAGAUGAUGAUCUGGAAGACGAACAAACGCAGGAAGAUAUGUUACGUGGCAAAUUUAUCGCAUUCAAGAAGCGUAAACGAUUCAAUCCUUUUUAUUUGGCUGUGCUCUCCAGUGGUGUUAUGGGUAUUGCCAUUGUUUUCAUGAUCAUUUACGAUGUUACUUUACUUGGAUUAGGAAAUGAUGUAUUUGGUUGAAAAAACAAGAGAACGAAACCUUUUUUGAUAGAAACUAUCCUCUUUGAUUGAUCGAUCUUUAAAUUUUUUUUUUUUUUUUACCCUCACUCUAUUAUAUAUCUGUAAUACUAAUAAAUUGUUUAAAUACAAAGAAAUGACGAUAAUGAUGAUAUAUGAUUUUUUUUUCUUUUUUGCAAUAUAGAAUUUCCCUUUUCAAAUAAUAAAAAGCUCCACUACAAAACAAAAGAAGAACAACCAAUAAAAUCUUGUAACCACAUAAAUCUUUACGCCCCGCCCCAGAAAAAAGAAAAAAAAAGUUCUCAACCAAAGUUGGUUCACCAGCAUAUUUUCUACUGAG